AUGCUUGAAUCUGUUUCUACUCCCAUGCCGAUGAAGGUAUCAGACGACCAUGGCGGCAGUAACUCUGGAGUCGGACUUUCCAAUCCCGCCAUUUCUCAAGGCAGGAGGCAUAUGCUUGAUCUAGUCAACCGCCUCCACUCUACUGGUGUUCAAGUCGACAUCGAUCUUCCCCAAAUUGCUGUCAUUGGCUCUCAAAGUGCCGGCAAGUCGUCUCUGAUAGAGAGCAUAUCUGGGAUUACUUUGCCGCGCGCCGCUGGUACUUGUACUCGAUGCCCCACCGAAUGCAAGUUAUCAAAGAGCAACGCCCCAUGGCAAUGUAUUGUUUCACUGCGUUAUAUCACGGACGCUUCAGGCCAAGUAUUGGGUCAAGCUCAAAACCCAGUAUUUGGGAGUGUCAUCUACGAUAAAAGCCAAGUCGAAGAUCGUAUCAGGAGGGCUCAACUCGCAAUCUUGAAUCCAAACAAACCCCUCAAGUACUUUUUAGAGGAAACAGACUUCGAAGAUUUGAAACCGCAAUUGAGCUUUUCCAUCAAUGCUGUAAGCUUGCAGAUUAGUGGCCCUGAUGUGGCCGAUCUUUCUUUCGUUGAUCUACCAGGAUUGAUUGCGAGUCAAGCAAGUGGUUCUGGAGAUGGGAAUGACAUCGCUCUUGUUCAGAAUCUGGUCACUACAUACAUUAAAAAGCCCAACUGCAUCAUUCUAUUGACAGUCGCUUGCGAAACCGAUUUCGAAAACCAAGGCGCGCAUCGUCUCACAAAACAGUACGACCCGGAAGGCAAGAGAACGAUCGGUGUCCUGACCAAACCCGAUCGCAUUCCAACUGGCGAAGAAUCCAACUGGAUCCCCUUCAUUCGCAAUGAGAAGGAACCGCUUGAGAAUGGCUGGUUCUGCGUUAAACAACCGAGCUCCCACGAGUUGAAGCAAAUCACGACCUGGGCGGAUGUAAGACAGAAAGAAAAUGAAUUCUUUUCGGCAGCUGCGCCCUGGAACGAACUCGAUGCCCUGUACCAAAAGCACUUGCGAACUGUCAACUUAGUGAACAGGUUAAGCUCAGUGUUGUCUGACUUGAUUGCCAAGCGGUUGCCUGAAAUCUUCAACGAGCUCGACGCGAGCAUCAACACAUGCAGAAAGGAGCUCCAGCGACUGCCCCCUCCGCCCCCUGCCAAUCCGCAAAGCGAGAUCGCGUCCUUGGUAUAUAACUUUGUCACCGACUUGGGUAGGCAUGUAGAGGGUGUGCCGGACGAAAAUGGAUUGUUGCAGGUCAUCCGACCCGCUCAGGAACGGUUCCGGAGAGCCAUACGCGCGACUGCGCCCCAAUUCCGGCCGUUUGAGAGGAAGUACGAAGAACAAAGGCAUAUUUCGAGGGCGGAGUUUCUUGUCGAAGAAGAAGGUCAGGUGUGGGACAAUGAGGAGAGCGAGGAUGAAGAUCGUGAACCAAGAGAGCAGGAGUUGACGCCGAGUGACAGCCUCAGCGAUGUCUCCAGCUCAAGGUCGUCGAAGAGGAAGGCUCUUCCUAACAAUAAGAUCUAUAUUGAUGAUGUUAUGGAAAGGGCAAAUCGUGCUCGAACAAGAGAGUUGCCUGGCCAUUUCCCAUACGUUGUUCAGAAGACAUUCAUUGAAUCUGUGAUCAAAGAAUGGAGGGCGCCUGCUCUGGAGCUCUGCAAGACUGUUUACGGAAGCAUGCUAGUACAUGUUCAGAAUCUUGUAGAAAAACACUUCAAGGAUUUUGGGCAAGGUCAUCUCGAGCAUAGCAUCAGGUCGAUAAUGCGCCAGCACAUCGAACAAUGCAGGUCGAACGCUGAAAACAAAAUCUCAUGGCUUCUCGAGUUAGAAGAAGAUCCGUUCUCGUUGAAUACGCAUUACUUCGCUGAUUACAAAGAAAAGUUCCUGGCAUAUUAUAAGGGAGAGCGGCAACGUUACACUGGCUCAGGGUUGAUGUCGACUUUGAGUGAAGAAAAUAAUCCACAAAUUCCUCAAGCGCUGGCGGCGCUGGCUGCUCUGGGCUUACAAGGACUCAACAUCAUCGAUCUGCAGAAGUUGUUGCCCUCUGACGAGAUGGAACCAGCGUUGAACAUCAUGUCCGACGUUCGGGCAUAUUUCCAAGUGGCUUAUAAACGAUUCGCGGACAACGUCCCCCUUUCCAUCGACCGCGAGCUUGUGAAAGGAUUGACGAGGGACUUGCUGAAGAAGAUUUCUGAUGAUCUAGGAACAAACACAGCUAGGGGUUAUGAGAUCAGCAAAGAGUUUGCGUUGGAGAGUCCACAGGUUGCGGACCGACGUGCAGACCUGGAGAAAAAGCUGGAGAGGCUGGAAAGUGCACAAAAACAACUUUCUGGUCGCCUUGGUGCCUAG